AUGGUGGUUGACCUGAAACGAAUCACACAUGACCACCGCCAGCUGCUCGUGGACAGAGCGCUGCAGACGAGGGACCAGGACAACGAGGCGUUCAUGCACAAGCUGCGAGCGCGCAUCGACAGGACUGGAGUAGAGCUGCCGACGGUGACGGUGCAGUAUGAGGGGCUCAACAUCGGCGCUACUGUGCACGUGGGCGGCCGAGCGCUGCCCUCGGUCCUCAACGCAUACCGCAACGCAAUCGAGGGGCGGCUGACGCUGCUGCUGGGUCCCCCCGGCGCGGGCAAGACCACUCUGCUCAAGGCGCUGGCCGGCAAGCUGCAACGCGCUCCCGGCCUCCAGGUCGACGGGAGGAUAGCCUACAACGGCGAGACCUUUGACAGCUUCUUCGCGCAGAGGACAGCCGCAUACGUGGACCAGGUGGACAGUCACCUGCCGGAGCUGACCGUGCGAGAGACGCUGGACUUUGCCUCGCGCGUGCAGGGGCCCGGUAGCAAACGAGCGAUGCUGCGGGAGAUACGGCGGAGGGAACGCGAGCUGAGGAUCCAGCCUGACGCUGACCUGGACGGCUACCUGAAGGCGAGCGCGUUGAGCGGCCAGCGCUCCAACGCCGGCACCCUCCUCAUCAUGCGCCUGCUGGGACUCGAGGUGUGCCAGGACACUCAGGUGGGCAGUCAUAUGGUGCGCGGCAUCAGCGGCGGCCAGCGCAAGCGAGUCACCACCGGCGAGAUGAUUGUGGGCCCCAAGAAGACGAUGUUCCUGGAUGAGAUAUCAACAGGGCUCGACUCGUCCACAACCUUCCUCAUCGUCAAGUGCAUACGCAACAUUACCAAAGCCUUGCAGGCGACUGUGCUGAUGGCACUGCUGCAGCCGCCGCCAGAGGUGUACGACCUCUUCGAUGACAUCCUGCUGCUCUGUGAAGGGCACGUGGUGUUUCAUGGUCCGCGCGAAGAGGUGCUGCCAUUCUUCAGCGGCCUGGGCUUCCGACUGCCGGAGCGCAAGGGCGUCGCAGACUUCCUGCAAGAAGUCACCUCCGCCAAGGACCAGCAGCAAUACUGGGCGGACACGGCGAAGCCAUACGACUUUGUGCCGGUCGCGCAAUUCGCAGCGGCGUUUGAGGCGAGCGAGCGCGGCCCUGACAUUUUGGAACAGGAAAUGCAAGGCAAACGCUGGACCCCAUAUAUUUGCAUUAAGGCGCUGGGCCAGCGGGAGGGUGUGCUGAUGCUGCGCCACGCGUUCACCUACAAGUUCCGCACCGCCCAGAACCUGUUUGUGGCAUUCGUGGCCGGCACGCUGUUUGCCAAGCCCACCAUGCACACCGACACUGCCGCCGACGCCAUCAAAUUCUCCGGCGUCCUCUUCUUCGCGCUGGUGCAAAUGCUCUUUGACGGCUUCUCGGAGAUGAGCAUGCUGAUAGAGUCUCUGCCGGACUUCUACAAGCAGCGCGACAACCUCUUCUACCCGGCUUGGGCUUUUGCGCUGCCAGUGACGCUGCUGCGCAUCCCCUACUCGCUGGUGGAGUCCUUCGUCUGGUCCAUCAUCAUCUACUGGUCUGUCGGCCUCGCACCCUCUGCCGCCAGGUUCUUUGUGUUCUGGCUGCUGUGCCUGCUGUCGCACCAGGUGGCCAUCAACCUGUUCAGGCUCAUCGGCGCCAUCGGCCGCUCGGUCGUCAUCGCCUUCAACCUGGCCUGGGUCGUCUUCAUCCUCAUCAUGCUCCUCUGCGGAUACACCCUCGUCAAACCGGACAUCCCGCCGUGGUACGUGGGCGGCUACUGGGCGCUGCCGCUGCAGUGGCUCGUGAACGCCAUCAUCAACAACGAGUUCCAGGAUGAGCGGUGGGCAAAGCCGGACCCGGCCAACCCGGAUCAGACGCUUGCCGAGUCGCUGUACCGGCAGUUUGCGUUCCACAAGGGGUCGGUAUGGAUCUGGGUGGGCGUGGGGGUCGUGCUGGGCUGGAUCGUGCUUCUCAACAUCGCAACCACCCUCGCCCUCAUGCUGCUGGACGAUGAGGUGGAGGCGUUGGCAUCACGGCGGCGAACGGGGGUGGUGGCGAGCAGCAAGGGCAUGGUGCUGCCCUUCCGCCCUCUCAGCCUGGCCUUCAGCCACGUCUACUACUCGGUCGACCUGCCACCCGGCGUUUCUAAGCCGCAGCUGACGCUGCUGACGGACAUCAGCGGCGCGUUCCGGCCGGGCGUGCUCACCUGCCUCAUGGGCGUGUCGGGGGCCGGCAAGACCACGCUCCUCGACCUGCUCGCCGGCCGCAAGACUGGCGGCUUGGUGCGCGGCGCCAUAACGGUAGACGGCCACCCCAAGGAGCAGGCCACCUUCGCGCGAAUCUCCGGCUACGUCGAACAGUUUGACAUCCACUCGCCGGCAACAACUGUGCGGGAGGCGCUGGCAUUCAGCGCAGAGCUGCGACUGGCGGACGUCCAGCCAGCGCAGCUGCACAGCUUCGUCGACGAGGUGAUGGAGCUGAUGGAGCUGGGCCCGCUGCGCAACGCGUUGGUGGGCGUGCCCGGCCGCAGCGGCCUCUCCGUCGAGCAGCGCAAGCGACUCACCAUUGGCGUAGAGCUGGUUGCCAACCCCUCUAUCGUCUUCCUGGACGAACCCACCUCGGGGCUGGACGCGCGUGCGGCUGCGAUAGUGAUGCGCACGAUCCGGAACACGGUCGACACCGGCCGAACCGUGGUCUGCACCAUCCACCAACCAUCCAUCGACAUCUUUGAGGCGUUUGAUGAGCUGCUGCUGCUGAAGCGCGGAGGGCGAGUCAUUUACGGCGGACCCACGGGCGACUGCUCGCGGCUUCUGGUCAGCUACUUCCAGGCCGUGCCGGGAGUGCCGCCCGUGUCAGCAGGGGUCAACCCAGCCACCUGGAUGCUCGAGGUGACGUCGCUGGGGUCUGAGCAGAAGCUGGGCGUGGAUUUUUCUGAGCUGUACACUCACUCCGAUCUGGCCAGGAGCACACAGGAGAUGGUGGCGCGUCUGCAAGUGCCAGACCCCAACUCGCAGCCCCUGCACUUCGACAAGCAAUUCUCGCGCAGCCUUCUUUCCCAGUUCCGCCUCCUCCUCUUGAAGAACUUCACUGUCUACUGGCGCACACCCGAGUACAACGCCGUCAGGAUGUUGUCAACCACGCUGCUGGGCCUCCUGUUCGGCUCCAUUUAUUGGCACAUUGGCGGUAGAAGAGACAACGCGCAGACCAUCCAAAACAUCAUCGGCGCGCUUGUUGUCUCCGCAAUGUUCAUCGGCACCUCCAACGCAUCCACUGUGCAGCCGGUUGUGGACACUGAACGCACCGUCUUCUACAGGGAGCGUGCAGCCGGGUACUACUCGGAGUACCCAUUCGCGGCCGCGCAAGCCAUCGUGGAGCUGCCAUACCUGCUCGUUCAGUCCAUCCUCUUCUCGGUGACGACAUACUUCAUGGUGUACUUUGAGAUCAACGCAGGCAAAUUCUUCUGGUACGUGCUGUUCAUCUUCCUCACGCUAGCGUUCUUCACCUUCUACGGCAUGAUGACCGUCUCCCUGGUGCCCAACAUUCAGGUGGCAUCCAUAGUGUCAUCCACGUUCUAUGCAAUGUUCUUUCUCUUCGCCGGCUUCAUCGUGCCUCAAUCUCAAAUGCCGCCAUGGUGGUCAUGGUACUCAUACUUGAACCCGCUGUCAUACAGCAUUCAAGGACUGCUGGGCAGCCAACUGGGGGACGUGACCGACGAGUACAUUGUUUACAACGGUGAACGACAGAGCGUUGCGCAAUACUUGAAGACGGCAUACAACAUCGACCGGUCCUUCAUAGGCUGGGACGUGUUGAUCCUAGUGGGCUUCACUGCUAUAUUUGCUGUCAUCACGAUGGGCUCAUUGCGCCUCUUCAAUUUCCAAAAACGCUGAGAGAAUCAAAGGCAUGGUGAACAGUUGAACCUGGUAUGAUAGUCGCACUCACUUGCUGAAUGCAUAGAUUUGUGGUGUGCGCGACAACGCUCAGCUCUUCGAGGCUUAAAUUGGUUGCGCCUAUAUUUCAUUCUAAUUCGGUUCGCACAGUUAAAUUUUACCUGAUUAUUAGUACCGUGUUGAUAUAUAUCAUC